AUGGUGCUGCUCUUCUGGUGGGCGGCGGCCGCAGAGGCCGGGACGACGGGCCUGCUUUCCACCACCACCACCACGAGUUGGAGGGGGAGGGUGUCCUCCUCCUCCUCCUCUUCCUCCUCCUCCUCCUCCUCGUCCUCCUCCUUCUUCCCCUCUCCAACUUAUGGUGGUGGUGGUGGUGGACAACAGGCCCAUCACGGGAGCUGGUGGCUCCUGGCCCCCUGCCUGGUCGUGGGCUUCCUGGGUGGUGGGGUCUACGUCGGCGCGUUCAGCCUGAUCGCCAGGGAGCAGGAGGAGAGGGACGCCGAGCUGGCGCUCAGCUCCGCCUCCCUGGCCGACUCCCUCGGCAUCGCCCUCGCGGACGUCCUGGGCGUCGUCGUGCAGGGCUGCAUGUUCGGCCGGCUCGGGGUGUCGGACACCAGGCCAGACUUCACCUGCGGCUACGCGAUCUGGGGCGAGUCGAACGCCAGCAGCAGCGCGGGGUCGGCGGCCGAGCGCUCGAGGUUCUGCUUCCCGGGCCUGCCGGGAUAG